AUGUCAAUAUUUGGUUAGAAUAUUGCCACUUUGUCAUUUCUAAUUUUGACUUCACUUCUCUAAAUGGUAUACGUGAUGCAGAAGUUAUCUUUGAGUCAGCUUUGUCGCAUCAAGGACUUAAUACUGCUGCAGGUUCAAUGCUAUGGGAAAUUUAUCGUGAAUUCCUUACAGUUAUUUGGUCUCAAUUGUCAGAUAAACAG